UCCAGUAGACUUGACAUGGUAUCCUCAAAUUACCAGCUAUUCCUUUUCUAUAUAAUAGAAUUUAAUAAAAAAAAAUAUGUAAACAACGAUAUAAACAAACGUUAGGAAAAAUUAUAAUUUAUAAUUAUAAUACUUUGUGUUAAUGUAAGUAAUAAGGUAUGUUAACGUCUUAUUGUUCAUUUUACACUGAAUAUUAGAAAAUAAGCGCCCUCUGUAAUGGAAAAUAUAAUCUAGUCUUGUUUCUCAUUCUUCAUCAUGCCUUUGAGUCGAACGCAGUCAGAAUUCUCUAUAUUAAAGAAUCAAAAAAUAAAUAAAUCUGAUAGAAGUGGAUUAUUGAAAGCAUUAAAAUUGGCCAAAUCGAAAGUGACGGCCCGAGCGACUUUUAGCUGUUUUCGAUCAUCUAAGGCUGAUAGAGAUUGUUGGACUGGUUCCCUUGAAAGAAAAAGAGAAGUUACAAAGUUAUUUUCAAGUAAAAAAUUCUUAUCAAAGUUCUUCUUAUAUUUCUCACCACUGCAAAGAUGCUCGUUCACUUCUGUUUGUUCCAAUUGGAAUAACAUCUUGAAUACUACUGGUCUAUUAAAAAAUGUGGCUCAAAUUGUUGAUUUUCUGCAGAUGACAGAUGGCGAAAGAAGAUUGGCCUACGACAACAUUAUCAAUAGAGACACUACUUCGAUUCGUCUUAUUAGAGCUAACAACGAAGAUAUAGAGGACUUUAUGGUGUCCGUUAAUACUUCAACAAUCAGUGGAUUGUGUUUUCAAGAUUGUGUUAUUAACGAUGGAACGGUAGUGGCUAUGUUACGUAAAUAUUCAAUAACCGAAAUAGAAUUUCUCAGUUGUAAUAAUUUGACAGAGGAGAGCAUGUGGGAUUCUCUUACUUCUAGCAUUGUUAAAUUAGUAUCAUUAGAUAGCGUUUAUUUGACAGACAAUGCAGUUGAAGCUAUUGCAGAAUCAUUACCAUCUUUAAAUUACUUACAUCUACAAUCUUAUCAUAUGACUGAUGCGUCUUUGGCCUAUUUCCGUUUUAAUCUACACAUAAGAACUUUAAAAUUGGAAUUUUGCUGGGAAAUAACGGACGAUGGCGUUUUGAGUAUCUGUCAAUGCUUGAAUGGUUUAAACGAACUAAGUUUGGCAGGCUGUUCCAAGAUUACUGACGAUAGCGUUGAAAUUAUUUCGGAUAGUUUAUUGCAUUUGAGGUCACUGAACUUGUCCUGGUGUAUAAAAUUGACAAAUAGAAGCCUGAAAAUGAUUGCAUUUAAAGAAAAUGUUUUAGAGGAAUUAUACUUAGAUAGGUGUUCUCAAAUAACAAAUAUAGGCUUGAAAUAUUUACUACCAAUCUCGACUACUCUAGUCACUCUAUCACUAAGAUGGUGUAAGGAAAUAAGCGACAAGGGUCUUGAAUGUUGUUCAAAUUUUAAGCAUUUAAAAUCAUUAUCAUUAUCUGGUUGCUGUUUAAUUACUCGUUUUGGUUUAAAAUAUUUAAUUAAACUGGAAAAUCUCAAAGAAUUAGAUGUUAUCAAUUGUCAAGCUUUAAAUAGCGAACUUUUAGCUUGGCUGAAACUGAAAUUAGACAAGUGCGAUGUAAUUUGUUGACGGAAUUUGUACUCGCAAAUUAUAGACCAACUGGAAGAGGAAAUGUACUCAUUGGCAGAAGAAAGGGAUAAUUUUCCAAAUAAUUGUCGUUCUCUCAUUGCAAGAGCGUGUUUUUAUAAUGUGUAUAAAAAGUACUCAAUACUCUAUAUUAUGUAUACAA